UCGCUCUGAGGGAAACUGGAAGCACAGACGGCGAGUUCAGGUUGGUUCAAGAAACAUCUGCUGGCUGCAUCGCUCCCGAGAUGACCCGACUGACCCUGCUGACCCUGGCAGUAUUGAUCUGCUCAUCAUCCCUGGUAAAUGGAGGAAAAGUCUUGGUGUUCCCAGUUGAUGGAAGCCACUGGGUCAACAUGAACAUCAUCAUUGAAGAGCUUCAUGCCAGAGGCCAUGAAGUCACAGUGCUGCGACCUUUUGACUCUUGGCACAUCAAACCAGACUCCCUUCACUACAAGACCAUUACUGUAAAUUCCUCAUCUGGCUUUAGUGAACAAAGCCUUGGGUUAUUUGUGAACAGAACACUGGAUUUACAGCGAGAGGGACCUUCAUUUAGGACUCACAUUUCUAUAGUUUUCAAUCUACUGUCACAGUCAUACCUCAUGCAUGAGCAGGUUCUUCAAAUGACAGAGGGGAUUUUUGAAGAUAAAGCACUAAUGCAGAGCCUCCGUGAUGCAAAAUUUGAUCUGGUUCUUACAGAUCCUGCAUUUGGAGGGGGUGUUUUUUUGGGUCACCGUUUGGGUCUUCCUCUUGUCUUUAAUGUCAGGUGGACUAUUCAGAUUGAGGGGCAUUUGACAAUUGCACCCUCCCCAGUCUCAUAUGUCCCUAUAACAGGAUCACAGUUAAAGGAUAGGAUGACAUUCAUUCAAAGGGUCAAAAACUUCCUCAUUUAUAUUGUGACAUAUAUUCAAUUUUGGUAUGUUGUGGAACCACUCUACCCAGAAUUUGUACAUCAACAUUUUGGCAAAGAUGUAGAUUACAUAGAGCUGUUCCAAGCAGCUGACAUCUGGCUUAUGAGAAACGACUUCACCUUUGAGUUUCCACGACCAACAAUGCCAAACAUCAUCUACAUGUCAGGAUUCCAGUGCAAACCCUCCAAACCUCUCCCCAAACAACUGGAGGACUUUGUACAGAGUUCUGGAGACCAUGGUGUCAUUGUGAUGACAUUGGGGACAUUGGUAGAAAAGCUCCCUGACGACAUCACUGAAAACAUUGCUGCUGCUUUUGCUGAGCUUCCCCAGAAGGUGAUCUGGAGGCACAAAGGGAAGAAGCCAUCCACCCUUGGCAACAAUACCCUAAUCUUGGACUGGGUACCCCAAAAUGAUCUCCUUGGUCAUCCCAAAACCAAAUUGUUUGUGGCUCAUGGAGGCACCAAUGGAAUGCAAGAGGCCAUCUAUCAUGGGGUUCCCUUGGUUGGCUUGCCACUCAUGUUUGAUCAACAAGACAACUUCUUCAAGAUGGCAUCAAGAGGAGUGGCCAAAGUCCUGGACUAUGGAACUGUCAAUAAAGAUGUAUUCUUGGAGGCUCUGAAGGAGGUUCUCUAUGAGCCUUCAUACAGAGAGAAGAUGAAGGAGCUGUCCAGCCUCCACAGGGAUCAGCCCAUGAAACCUCUGGAUCGAGCCAUGUUCUGGAUCGAGUUUGUCAUGAGGCAUAAAGGAGCGGCCCAUCUGAGGACUGAGUCCUACAAGAUGUCUAUGAUCCAAUACCACUCUAUUGAUGUCUUGGCAUUUCUGUUGGCAAUUAUUCUGCUGCUCUUUACUGUUUUUAUUUCUCUAGUCAAAUGUUUCUGGACUAGAGUACUCAACAGAGUCAAGGCCAAAAAGGAAUAAUUAAUCUGACCUUACAUAUUCAUGCUUGGUGUUGCUUAUCUUAUCCAACUGACUGUCUUGUCUUUGUGAAAACUUUAAUGGAGCUAUCAAGUUAAAUGCAGGUCUAAUGUCCAGCACUAAACUGUUUUUUUCUAGAAAUGUCAUUAUCGUUUAUUGUUAAUGUUUAUUUAGCUCACUUUGCAGAAUUAUUUAGUUUCGUCAAGUUUGGUGAAAUGGAUUUUUUUUACAAAACAUGUUUACAUUUUCAUCUUAAAACUUAGUAUUUGUGAGUAUAAUAUUGUUUCUUACUCUUUUUAUAAACCAAUGUGUAACAUGUAAACCAGUUGAGAUUGCUGAUAUAAUUUCAAUAACUAAACUAACCUGAAGCACUCUUUUCUAAACUGAUGGACAUUCAGAUUCUCUGAACAACAUUAACACUUCUCUGUAACGCCUUUUUAUUGUUUACCUUUAAACUGAGCUCAAAUCUUUGGGAUUUUUAUUGCCUCAUGUUCAAAAAUGUGUACAAAUACUUGUGUCAUCAAAAAUAAAGGUACGAAACAAAAAUUGCA